AUGCCAAUUCCUCAAUCGGUGGAACACUCUUCCAGCGAUGGUGCGUUCGUUCGUGAUCAAACAGUUGUUACCCAGGCCGGAGCGGAAGGCCCUGUUCAAGGGAACGUCACUUCGCCUCAGUCGGAGUUGCGUCCGGUUUCUUCCCCUGCGGAACUGCAGCCCCCUCCGACGACUUCCGAUUCAGGUGCCGAGCAGGAAUCAGCAAAACCCAAACUGCCACGCCGGGAACUCUUCGAAGGCUGGGAAAAGCCCGUUGCCGCUCUCUUUUUGACCGGUCAACAGCAUGGCUACAUCGAACCAUGUGGCUGUACGGGGCUGACCAAUCAAAAGGGUGGCCUGAUGCGUCGGCAGACUUUUCUCGAUCAGCUGAAGAACGACCGUGGCUGGGAUGUUGUCGCACUCGACGUCGGCAAUCAGGUACGUCGCUUUGGCCGCCAAGCAGAAAUCAAAUUCCAAACGACCGCAGAAGGCCUGAAAAAGAUGGAUUAUCAGGCAAUCAGUUUUGGCCCUGAUGAUCUGCGACUUUCGGUCGACGAAGUCUUCGCAGCCGUUGCCUCCGAAGAUCCUGACAACAUCAAAUACAUUUCCAGCAACGCAAGCCUACUUGGCUUUACUCCGAAGCAUCGCAUUGUCGAAGCUGGUGGCAAGAAGAUUGGGAUUACUGGGGUUCUCGGAGCGAAAGAACAACAACGCAUCUCGAACGCAGAAGUAGAGAUGGGCGACCCGAUGCAAGAGCUGGCAGCCAGUUGGAAUGCCCUGAAAGCAGAAGAUUGUGAUCUGUAUGUUCUUUUGGCCCAUGCAUCGCUGGACGAGAGCCGAGAAUUUGGCAAAGCAUUUCCUGGCUUUCAAAUUGUUGUCACUGCCGGCGGAGCAGGGGAGCCAACGCUAAAGCCUGAGAUAAUCGAAGGCUCGAACAAUCAGAUGAUUCAAGUGGGUACCAAAGGGAUGUACGUCGGAGUCGUGGGAAUUUACGACGACGCGGAUAAUCCUUUCCGUUACGAACGUGUUGCGUUGGAUGCCAGGUUUGCCGAUUCGGAAGAAAUGCUCCGCGUGAUGGCAA